AUGCAUCCCCAGGGGGAGAGGCCCCCGGGGGGCGAAGCCGCUCCUUCCCCGGACAAGGAGGAGUGUAAGGAGAAGCACACGAGUGGUGAGCUCGCUGCGCAGGACUCGAAUGAACCCACUAGGAGGGUUGCCAGGAAGGCCAAGCGGGGCGCGACCAUUUCGGCGUACUCCCCGGCGCAAAUAUCGGAGCCGGUGUACCAGUGGGAGGUGUCCAGCAACGACCGCGUCUUCUACGACAAGAUGAACGACCUGAUCAUCCACCAGAACGUGGCGGCGAAGGCGCUGCUCGUGACGGACGUAAAAAAGGUGAAGGAGAACUACCAAGCGGUGUACGUGAAAUUCGACGCAGAAAUGUGCGAGCAGAUAUCCUUCGCCCCAAACACCACCUUCUUCCUCUACCACUCGACCAACCCCAACAGCAUCCAAAUCGCAGACAUUCUGAACAGCCACAAUAUUUAUUUGAGUGUGUGCGUGAAUAGGCUCAGCGAGUGUAGAAUCCUGGCCACCUUUUGGCUCCCUGGCCGCCCCCAGGUGGAAGAAGCAGCCACGGAAGACGCAGCCGUAACCGCCGCUUCCGCCGCUUCCAUCGCUUCCACCGCUUCCACCACCGCUUCCGCGGCUUCCCCCGCCGCGAGUAGCUCCUCGGCCGACUUCGCCGUGGUGACCAACCUGGGGGUGGAGAUUUUCCACCUGUCCUUCGACAGCUUGACGAUCACCCCGUUGAAGAAGCACCUGAUGAAGAGCGAGCAGUGCUGGUACGACGAAAGCAGCUCCUACAUCGCCCUCCUCUCCAGCACACACAAAACGCACGUCAUCUUCCCCUACCUACUGAACAACAGCAACGCGAUCAAGUUGCAGAAAAUUGAACUCAACAUCCCCAAGACGGAGCCAAUUAAUAAAAACGAUAUUGAGGUGGUCACUCUGUAUGGUGAAACGUAUUGCAUCCAUAAGGAUUAUAAAAACGGAAGGAUCUCCUUCCGGUGCUUGUCCUCCUCUUUAUCCUUCGACUACGUAUUCGAUCUGUUCUGCAAUGGUGUCGUUGAGACCUUUUGCGUGGACAAUAUCUUUGGCGUCUUCAACUACUCCAAUGAAAAGGUGUACCUAUUUGACAUAAAGUACCAGAGGAGGAAAAAGAGCAGCUUGAUUAACACUCUUUCGGAGCAUAUCCGUAGCAGCCACACCGUUAAUGUGGCCUACUUAACCUCUCCGAAGAGCUUCAGAACGCAGCUGGCGCUUAGCCACAUUUCUUUCCACCCCUUCAACGUCCUGAUGGAUAACCAGUACGGGAAUGUCUACAGGGUCCGCCUGGACUACGACCUCCUCAUGCUCCAGAUUUGCCAGCACUUCGCCAACUUGAACACCUCCGUGGACGUGCUGCUGCGCAGACCCAACUGCAAAAAGAGAAUCACGGAAAUGUUCUUCCUGUCGCUGGAAAACGACAUUCAAAUGGAGGACUUCCUGACCAUCGUAAACACCAUCAACGUGAGCUACCGCAAGCUGAUCGAGCAGUCCGCCAAGAAGAGGAGCCCCCCCUCGCUGAGGAGAGCCAACCAAAAAAUUAUACAGCCCCUAGAUGAUAUUAUGAAAAACCUGGGGAGCAAAACCCUCAUCACCGAGAGGGACAUCGUGACGGAUGUGUUCCACGCCUUCAUGAUUAAGAAGUAUGGCCUCGACAAGAAGGAGACUCUCUUCAACUUCUCCCUCAACUUUCGCCAAAUGGAGAGGGCCAAGCGCGAGAGCAGGAGGGGGAGGGGCCCCGCCGGGCGGGGCGACCGCGCCGAUAGGUAUAUGCUCAAGUACAGAAUAAGGCGGGGCGAGCCCGAUUCAACAGAGCAAACUGUCGCUCCUGCCGCUUCAACAGAGCAAACUGCCGCCCCUGCCGCUUCAACAGAGCAAAGCGGCGCUCACACCACUUCAGACCAGAGCGGUACCCUCACCACUUCAGACCAAAGCGGUACCCUCACCACUUCAGAGCAGAGCGCCACCCCCCCCGCCGCCGAAUACCGACUGACGCUGAGCUACGCCGAGCUGCAGAGCGUGCCCACCUUCCUCCUCUACGUGCUGGAGUACAUGAAGUCCCUCCUCCUGCUGAACAUCAUCCCCAACAGAAUCCUCCAGACCUUCCUCUUCGACAUAUGCAUUUUUUACGAGCAGGACAACUGCCUGCGCCAGCUGCUUCAGUUUUACGUUAUAGCCGACUCGAUCGAAGUGACCAAGCGGCUGUUCCACUACUGGAAGUUGACACAGCACACCUGGGCGUAUCAGCUCUGUCUGGACAUGUCCCUGCGACUGCGCGAAUACGAAAUGGUCCUUCACCUCUUCCUUUCCGCAAAGAGAUAUUUAAAAAUCGUAGACUUCAUAAGGGCGCACAACCUCCAUGAUUACCCCAUUGCAGUCAUUUUUCAGGCCAUCGAAAAUGACUUUGAUUCCCCCGACAAGUACAUCAUAUUUAGCCACGUCCUCCGCUCGCUCUCCCGCUGGAUUUGCGACUCCGACCGGGACCCCGCGAAGCACCCCCUUCCGAACCUGCAGAACUGCGAAAAGUGGGUGACCUUAGUUGAGGAGUAG